UUCAAUGUCUCUUGUCUAACUUAUAUUCAUACCUGUGUUUAUCUCUUGCGCGCCUGCGCUCUCCUCUUAUUGUUUAUUUAAAUUGUUUCCUUUUAUGCAGCGCGUCGUAUCUUUCGUUGAUUUCAUCACAUUUAAUUUAGAGCCGUAAAUAUCUCUUUUUUAUUUUUUUAUUUAUUGAGAAUAUUUUUGGAUGAUUUCUCGAGUAUUGUUAGCUGUCCGAUUUGGAGUUUCAGAGUAGAAUCUUCUAUCCAUCAUGAUGUUGCCGCUCACCUACAAAUCCCUCAUCUUAUUGUGCUUAUGCGCCCUGGCAUACUCCGCAGCUCCUUCUACCAAUGCACCUCAUGAAAAAAUGAUAAUGGACCAAUCAUUUUCCAUGGAGCAUCCUGGACACGAUGGCCAUGACCAUGAUAAAAUGGACAUGGGAAAUGACACUCACGACAUGGGCAUGUCGAUGUUUUUUCAUUUCCGAGUGCACGAAGUUGUCCUUUUCGCCGACUGGAAGAUUACUACAGUUGGAGGUAUGGUCGCAUCUGUGAUUGGGAUCUUCAUCCUGGGGAUGCUGUACGAGGGUUUGAAAUAUUUCCGAGAACAUCUCUUCAAGCAAUACGUAUCCACCAUCGAAUUCUCAACAGUCGCCAUCACGGCAGAAAGUGGAAAGGUGAACCAAGUCCACAAAGUGAAAAGGCAUCGCAUGCUGAGCUAUGCACAUGCGAUUCAAACUGGUCUUCACGUAGUUCAAAUCGUGGUCAGCUAUUUCUUGAUGCUUAUUUUCAUGACCUACAAUGGUUGGCUUUGCAUAGCCGUAGUCUUGGGCUCCGGAGUCGGUUACUUCGUCUUUGGAUGGAGGAAAGCAUCUGUUGUGGACAUUACAGAACACUGCCAUUGAUUUUUAGACACAUUUAGAAAGUAAACUACCAAUUUCAUAAGAUAAAUUCAAAGCAAGUCAUCGCUUCUUGUGUUUCAAGAAAAGAAAACCAUUGAAAUCAGUUAACAAAAGUAAUAUCGAGCUUUCCUGUCAAACUAUUUAACGAAUUAAAUCUGAUUUUGAUAUAAAUAUGUACAACAAUUCCCUUAACUGUACGUGUUGAUUGAUUGAUUUCGUAACCUAGGAGUACUGAAAAUUGCAAUAUCUAUUUUUGUAAGAUAAAUCAAUGACGAGUUUUCAAUCCAUGUUUGAACCAAGGAAGACUACUGAAAUUAGUUUACAAAAGUAAUAUCGAGCUUUUCCGCUAAACUACUUUAUGAUUUAACUCUGAUUAUGAUAUAAAUAUGUCAAUUCCUGUAACGGAAUUAGUCAACUAGCCACACUUAAUAAUUUCAUUGGAUGUCGAUAGAAUUAUUUUUAUCACAUUUAACCUUCAACGUUGUCUUACAGAAAAAGCUAAUGACGGUUCAUAACUAGUAAAAAAGAAAUUGUCCGAUUUCAUACAUGUCUCCAAAUCAGCAAAUAUAGAUAUUCCCACUUAUGUAACGUACACCCCCACCUAUGUAUUAAAUUCUUGCACCUGCUGAUUCAUUCUACAAUGGCUGAAAGUCUAUUUUGAGGAAGAUUUUACAAUUUCAUUGUGGGAAUUAUAUUUUCAUAUGACUGUGAUGAACUUACGUGCAAUAAUGGAAAUAAUAUUUAAGAAUUUUUUUUUCUUCAGCUUUAACAAUUUAUAUCAGUGGUAGCUUCAUCAUUUCCAUUUUAUUUUUUGUAUAAGUUUUGUAUAAAUAUAUUGCGAAUAUUUGGUUUCAUUAAAUAAAAGUGCAUUAAAAUAUUUAUAUUUAAUGUUGGCAUUUGCCAAUUUAUUUCGUUAGGAAAUAAAUUCAGUUUUUACAACAAAAGUUUAAAACAGUUAAGAUGUCUUUUCAAAUAAUAUGAAUUUUUUUUAAUAAAAAAUUUAGAAUAAUUGAACAUUUAUAUUGAUAAUUUUAAGGAUGUUAAUUUUAAAAAUUAGUAAUUUUAAGAAGCAUAACUUUUAAUAAAUAUUUAAAUAUUUUUUCAAAAAUUGCUGUCUUAAUAUCAAUGCCAAAAAAUAUGAAAUAUUUUUAAUAUGAAAAAAAGAUGUACAGCUUUUAUUUAUAAUUAAUCAUAAAAUUAUCAACUUAUUUUACAAGAGAUAGGAACUUAAAUGUUUCUUCAAAGGAGAUUAUACUUAACACUUGUUACGUUUUGCAUAGAAUUGUUUUGAAAUACUAUGUAAUUAUUAUAUAAUAAGCAUGCAUAUUUAAUUUCAGUAAUUAAUAUACAGAUCUUUAGAAAUAAAUUCUGUUAGAUUUAAAAAUAUAUUUUAAAUAAAAAUAUACAUACAGCUACUGUAUAAGUGCAUUUUUUAUACAUUUAAUAUUAUAAUGAGAAAUUAAACUAAUUAAUUAUUUACAAUAUAUAAAUUAAAAUUUGAAACUGCAUAUUUGUAAUUAAACCUAAUAAGUGAUGCAAUACAAAGAAUGUAAAUCAUGAAUAUCUCAUAUAUUUAAAUAUACAAUUGAUCUCUAUUGCAUCAUCUGAAUUGUACAUACAAAUGUAAAAAAUAUUUGUAAAUUUUUAUAUUGAAUAUUUAUAACUGUUUGUGAUUAUGUACAUGUAAAUAAAUAUAUGUAUACCUUAAA